AUGGCCCAGCCGGAUUUUGCCUACAGACCAUCAGCCAUGUCCAACGGACCGUGGAACUCGACGCGGAGUUCAAUGUACAACGAUACAUUUCCGCCUGCCGGAGGGUUUGAGAAUGGCUACUACCGUUCAUCUAGUGUGUCAACAUACUCUCCCGGAGCCAGUAGUUACAACCUCCCGAUUGGGACCAAUCCUCACGCAGCUGCUGCCGCUGCCGCCCCUGCGUACGGAUCAUCAAGGCCAGCAUCUGGAACAUACGGCACCAGUGGUGCCGGUGGUUAUGGCUCGUACAAGGGUACGGCCUCAGCCUCCCAGGCCUGGGAUCAUCAGGAAAGAUAUUCCCCGACGGACUCAGUCGACGACAUCAUCGCCUCUCCGAAUCUCUCUGAUUACUCACUCGAGAAUGGAACGGGUGCGACGCCUCCAAACAAGGGAGGCAAAGUGAGUGGGAAGGGUCGGCCUCAACGUCGACCAUCGAACCGGGACGAAUUCGACGGGCCGCAUCAGUUUCUCGCCCGCCCGCCCCCCGAGUACAUCGCCAUGCAAGAACGCGAACUGCCGCACCUUCCGACGAACUUGCAUGUCCAAGAGCAGGAUCUGGUUUUGACACAGGUUAACGACCGGCUCUCUCAGUGCGCCUAUGACUUCGUUGCGAAAUACCAGUUCCCCAUCCCCUUGACGCAGGACAUGAGGCCUGUAGAGCGACCUCAAGACAGGGAAUGGACGGAAUGGGUCUAUCUUUUAAAGCGCUUGGCAACCAAACGCCGCAUCCCGGCUCGUGUUCUGUACAACGGUCAGAUCAAGCAGUUCGUCACGAUUCUCGAGAACUCGCUAGAGAUGCGACACGCAGCCAAGCACCAGAGCCGCCCACUAAAGGACGACCGCAACAUCUUACAGCUCAUUUCGGCGGGUAUCCAGGUGGCCAAGAUCCUAAAGGACGCAAGCGCCAUGGACUAUCUCGACCGACUAUACGUUUCUACGGAGAAGCAGAUUCAGGAUCGCGCGGCAACACGAUUCAGAACCUGA